UCUGGAACGCUUCGGUUAUCGUCGGACGCCGCCAUGUUUCGCUGUGGUUAGCAUAUGUCUUACAAUCUUGAUUUCAAACGAUUAGUUAAUUAUUCCCAACAUAUCUCUGAACUGUCGUUUCUGUGCUGGGUAGAGUUGCAAAAGGACCAAAACCCCAUGACAAAUCUUUGAAAGAUUUGAAUUCAAAUUGACGAGAAACUGACCGCUCUUGUAAAGUUUAAAUGCUUCUUGACUUCUCGUUGAAGAUUAACAAUGGAGAACGGCUAUAAGCAAGGCAGAGGUUCCGCAGUGACGAUUACUCCCGUUGGGUUUGGCUCCAAAAACUUUACGACGAAAAAGAAAUCUCGUAAACUGGUGCCCAUUCUUUUUAUGGUCAUAGUCCCUUUGCUGAUUUGUUUCAUUCUCGUCAUGAUCUUCUUCUUCGCUGCAAAAAUCCCUCCACCAAAGCCAUACACAUCGCCAUGCCUCGGAUCAGAAGAAGCCAAUCGCACUAACCUCACAAACGUGCUUAAAAAAAUUCAUCGACAGUAUUUCUUCGAACUUCAUCCUGAGAAGAUAUACCAGAUGGCACGAGUGAAACCCGAAGAUAUCCGAAUGUAUUUCCGGCCUUACGAUCCAACCCCGAAUGCUACCAAAAACCGGACUGACGUGGCUAUGGAGCUACGCCGGGAGUUAAAUGCGUUGAAAUUUAAUAAAACUCUGCUGAAGUUAAGAGAGCGCAAGGCGGUACAUGUGGCUAAUACCAUAUUAGAGAACAAUUUCGGAUGGUCUCCGUACUUUCAAGAUUACUACAACGGUGAUUGGCUGCUUGGACCCGACAUAUUCUGUUGGCAGCCUGUUUGUGACGUAUUUUAUCACUUAAAUCGGGUUUUUGAUCAUUUCAAGCCUCGAAACAUGACCGAACUUGAGAAGCUUAAGGAUCUGUUUGAGGGUUAUAAUCGCACGUUCAAUCGGUACGUGGAGAACUGGAAGCUAGGAGCGCGAACAGGUUAUGUGAAAACCAACGAAGCUUGUAAAGCUGGUUUAUUCGUCAUCAAGUACCAAAAAUACCGUGCCUAUGCUCUGAAAAACGAGGCUGCAAUCUAUGAUGAGCCAUUUGCGAAGAUUCUAUUGAACACUAGCUAUUUCGAGCAUCUGUCAAAGAGAGUCAACGAUAGUUGGAAGGAGGUAUUCUUGAUGAACGUGACUGAAUACUUUAGGUGGUCUCUGGUGCACAACAUCGCAAAAGCUGUUGUGCAUAUGUUGAGGUUCCUUGAGCACGAGUACUUGAGGAACUGCCCUUCGGAUGAGAACAUCAUUAGCGGUCUAGGAAAAGUACCUCUCCGUUUUCUGUAUUACGAUGACAUCCCAGACACAAGUCAGUUAGCAUUCCAUCGACUCCCCACUGGAGAGGAGCUGAGUGGACCAAAGACGUAUCAAACACUGAUGAAAUACUUUGCAACUCUUGACAUUUCACCUGCUGAUCUAAGGGAGAGAGCUUGGACGAGGUUGAAUGAGUUGUAUAAGCAGGCUGUUGAUGUGGCCAAAAGGUAUACUGGUGAACAGGACAAUAGGACAGCCAUCACCGCCUUCAAAGCCGUGUUACGCCAUUCCAACAUGUCGUUUAACAAUAAACCGUUUCCUGCCAAUGAGAGUGACGAAAAUGCCUACAUAAAAUGUUAUGACGACAAGAGCGCACAGGGGUAUUGUCCUGAGCGGUGGAAAGCAAUGCAGAAGUGGAUUGAAAACACUGUUGAAACGAUGAAAAACAAUAUUGGCCCAGUCUACAAACCACUAUUUUAUCGCAGUGGCCCUAAAAACACAGUUCCUGUCUGUCCAGUGGAUGUUAUAUCUUGGUUUCAUCCGCAUGUUCGCUUUCACGGAUAUGUGCCAGGCUCUAAAGACUGCAAGGUUAAAGCUACACAAGGUUUGCCGUUUUUCGCGGACAAUUUUGGCCCAAAAUGGACAGAAUUUACGACCACAGCCCAUGAACAACUCCCUGGACACCAUUUAGAGGUGCAUAGUUACAUAGAGUAUUUUGAAGACAGCUGCAACGAUCCGAUUCACUGGCUGGAGAAAGCAAAUUAUUUCCCAGGGUUCACUGAGGGCUGGACAACCUACGUGGAGUAUCAACUGCUGCCACAAGACACGAACCUCUACUCAGACAAUCAAGACAAAGAAAUAUUGCUGCAAAGAUACGGCAUGAUUUACUAUCAGCUGUUAGCCGCUCUUCGUGCCAUCGUGGAUAUUGAUCUGAAUUUUAAUCAAACGCCAGAAAUAACCGUGCUGGAUAUGUAUAAUGAAUACGUGUGGGAAGACAAUACUGACCUGGCAAAGAAAGACGUCCUGCGCUCGCAAAGCGUACCGGGAUUUGUCACAAGCUACAUGAUUGGCCAAAUGGAAAUUUCCCGUGUCAGAGGCAUUGCCGAGAGGGAACUGGGGCGAAAUUUUAAUUUAGAGGAGUUCCAUUACGAGCUACUUCGACAGGGGGAGUUCCCCCUGAGGUAUCUCGAAGAACACAUACGUGAUUAUAUCACAUGCAAAAAGGACCCUACAAUAGAGGGAUGUAAAGAGUUUUGAGGCGUAAAUUUAAUAGUUUUUGAAAGUCGAUUGUGCGAAAGCAAUAUGCAUUCUUUGCUGGACUGUGCGAUUACGAAAUACAGAAUCGCUACAAAUCACCAAAAAGGUUGGGAGUGAAAUUAGCUACCGCUUGCGGUGAAAUCUUUGACGCUACACGAAAUUUCUCAGUGCCUAAUUAUCUUUAUCAUCACAUACAGCAAAACUCCAUGUGUUUUCACCACCUAUGACAUAGCCCCCACUAUAUUUCAUUUGCUCUUCCCUACUUAUAACACUAUAAGAAACAAUUUGAUCGUGUCUCCAAAAUCUCUAGCUCGCAUUGUGCACAACAGAUUUCAACAUGUUUCCGCAAUUUUAAUGACAUGAUGCGCCAUGUGUUCCUUUCUCCUUCUUUAACCCUUUAUUCCUUAAACUGACCAACAUCUAAUUUUUCCUGAGAAUCACAGCUGAAUCAAACAUUAAGGACAUGAGAAUAAAGGGAAUUAUCACAGAUCUUGAUUGUUUUGCAAAUUCUCUUUGUCAGUGCUAUAGCAAAUGUAUAGAGAAUAGUAUGGAGAAUAUGCACACUGAUGCUAGGAUGUGAAGGGUUAAUCUUAAGAGUUGAUCCGUUUCUACGUUCUUUCCAUCUGCAACAUAGCGCACCUUGAAAACACCAUUUGUAAAACUCAUGGCAACAAUUUCACCUGUUUCCAACUAUCAGUAACAUGUCUCGCGAAAACAUUGAAACAUUGGCACAACAAUUUCAGCUAUUUCCAACAGUCACAGAACAAUUCAUAAUGUGUUCCGGCCUCUAAAAGAACUGUAACUAUUUUGGUCAAUCCACUAUCUAUAAUUCUAUAGCUUAAUGGAAGUUUUCGUGUAUAGCUUUUUUUAAAAUUUUUGACGGGAUAUCAUAGUUUCAAAGAGAG